AUGGAGUAUGAUAAACCACAGUAUUGGCAAGAACUCACCACACUAACGCUUCAAAACUAUGGGAGGAGUGGUACAUACGGGGUAAAAACUGCUCUAUCGAUCGCAAAACAAGCCGAUGUGACUUCUAUAGAGCGGAUCCUUGUCGACACCAGCGAACCCGUCUGGCUCGCCUACUACGCGGCAAAGAAAAAGAUAUCAUCACAACACGGGUUCAGAGGUCAGGCCAAACUCAAGGAUUCCCUCGACAGACUCGAGCAAGGGCCUACCGAAUCCAAGUGUGCCUUCGCAAGGCAGCUCGCCUCGUCAAUGGAAGCUGAAAAAGACAAUGGCACAACUCAACCUGCUAAACGACGUCGCGUCACGAAUCACGCGGCAGCUGCUGUGUCAUCAUUUACAAUGUCAAGUAACUCCAAUCCGGAAUACAGCGACUCAGAACAUAUAUCGGCAGUCUCUGGGAGGAACGUAUAUGUUGGAGCUCCACUCAAGCAAGCCGAGGAACUGAUCAAUGACCAGUUCUGGGACUCGAUCGAAAGGAUAGAGAGCAAGGAGCACCCUGGUACAUGGUUCGCCGACAUGUCGAUGAUAUUCCAACAAGGACACAUCCGAGACCGUUUCGGAUGUCAGAUGGAAAUCGGAAUCACGGAGGAAAAGGUAGCAGACCUUGCGCUCGAGUACUUUGGCGUGAAGGUGGAAAUCAAGGAUGGCGUCAGAUCAGUGCGCAUUCCAGGGGGUUGCAAAAUAGAGCCUGACCCAUCGAUUACACUGCGGGGCUGUCGGCGAGAUCUCACCGGUCUGUUUCGGAUUGGGCGCGAUUUGCUCCAAGCCGCAUAUACAUCUCCUAUCUACCAGCUUGAGGACGCCAAAGGGCUCAACCACACGGAGGGCGUUUCGAUGGCGAUAUCAGGCCACGCAAAGGAGAGUGCUAAGCUCAAAGUGUUCUUGGGAGAGUGGUAUGCGUCGACAGUUAAGAAGAAAUUCUAUGGUUAA